CCUCAUUGGACUUUUUUGUUCCCUCAUACACCUGCCUGUAUCUAAUAUUUGCUGUUCCCCUUGCUCUCCACUACCUCAAGAAACUUGAGCCCCUCCUCUUGCAACUGACACCUGCCGAGCCAAGUCGGGACAUGCAUCCUGAUGCUUGUUCACAUAAUUGUCAGUGGCUUUACCUUUUAGUCAAGACCGGUAUAUUGACACGACCAUGCGCAAUAAUUCAGACCAGUUUAACUUGAUAAUGCACUGUCCCGGAAACCUCACAGUAUUUUGAUCACAACAGGCCUCCAACCUCGUCGCCAACCACAACGACAGUGAUAUUUAUUCUAGCGCCCGAAAUUCCAUCAACAUUCGAUGGCGUCAACCCCCUCAUGGACUAAAAACUUGGCACCCUCUACGACCGGCUGCUCUCCUUCGGCUGCUGCCGCAAGAACGGCGGAGCUGGAGGAGCUCGUUCGCGUUAUUCAGAGCACACCAGCUAUCGACAACCAUGCGAACCCUUUACUAGGGCGAAAGGAACCAGAAAACUUUCCUUUGCUUGUCGGUACCGCCACCGGUACAGGAGACAUUGCUGAUGCGGUCGAAAUGACCUUGGGGCAGCAACGCGCCCUCAGGCAACUGGCCAUGGCUCUCCAGUGCGAGCCAUCUUGGGACGCCGUUGCUCAAGGCAUCAGGAACAAACGACUCGACGAAGCCGAAUAUGUAAAGUGGGUUGCCAAGUGCUUUGCUGGGGUCGACACGAUCUUGUUCGACGACGGGCCAAGAGACCAAAACAAAACGCACGACCUGACGUGGCAUGACAGAUUUCUGAGCGGCAGUUGCAAGCGCAUCUUCGGCAUAGAGACUGUCGCAGCUGAGAUCAUCGACAGCCACGCAAAAGUAUACUACCACUCAAGUAGCACGAGCACCGGACGACGUCGCCGUCAGUCACCGGAUGAUGUGUUUGACAGAAUGCUAGACGAUUUUGGCAUCGCCGUUAAGCAGGCCAUAGAAAACAUCGACAUAGUUGCCUUCAGCUCAGUCAUUGGCUACCGCACUGGACUUGGCGUUCGCAAGGCUGUGGAUAUUGCUGCUGCCCGGGACUCCUUCGAGGAGAUUGUCGAGAAUUACGGGAUCCAGGGGAGGUUUACAACCGUGUCGCACAAGGGCCUCAGCGAUUUGUUCGUUCACCACACCGCCGUUUUGAUUCGGGAAUAUAGCACCAAUUUCCGGAAGCCCAUCCAGUUCCGAACCUUUCUGGGAGGUAGCGAUGCUUCGAUGGUCAAUUGCAACCCGGCACUUUUGGAAACAUUUAUACGUGCCUACCCUGCAGUGCCCAUUGUCCUCCUGAAUGCAUGCUACCCUUACGCACGAGAGGCAGGCUGCCUUGCGAGCAUGCAUGCCAAUGUUCACGUCGACAUUGGUAAGAUGUGUCCGAGCGUCAGCCAGGGCGGGCAGGAAACUGUCCUGAGAGAGAUAUUGGAGCUAUGCCCUUGGUCGAAGAUAUUAUGGGGCACUGGCGCAAAUGAUACACCGGAGUGUUUUCUCUUGGCAAAUAUACAGGGUCGAGAGGCCCUUAAAACGGUGCUGUGUGAAUUUGUUUGGAAAGGACAUUUGAGCUGCAGGGAUGCUGUCGAGCUUUCCAAGGCUGUCCUUUUUGAGAACUCGAACCGGCUAUACAACCUCGAGCUGUCUUUGUCCGGCUUGCUUGACAGCACAGAUGGAACCGAUACGGGCGACGAAACCAGCGACGAUGACGACGACGAUGAUUCUGAUUAGACGACGAGGCCUCGUUUACGUUAGGAGGGCUGACUAGAAGCUGCCUUGAACGUUAUGGCUGGCCAAGCCAUGGCUCAGACUGCAUUCGAUCAACCACAAGCUCGUUCAGGUGUCCAGUUGUCUAUACCACGAACAGAAAUGGAUUAUGAGAAGAACGUACACAUGUGAGACUCCACAUGUAAUUGUAUUAUCAGGAACGAAGACUUUGUUUCGACAUGGAAGAUGGCCCUGGAUACUCUCUAUCCAAACCCCUGGCCUUCUGUCAUAUAUACGGAUACCCAUGUUUGAAGCUUUGCUUGUUUUUCUUGGGCUUUUCAGGGUCUGAAAUACCAGAUUAUGUAAAAAUUAAACAUUCCGAUAGGUAUGGAGCGCCCUUUUAUACUAUCAAGUGAGCGCCAACAUGGGCCAUACAGG